AUGGUUAAAAUCAUGAAUGUGAGUACUGUGUUGGUCCUUGUUCUAGCUGUGAUUACAACAACAUCGCUACUUGGAGCAGAAGCUGGAGAAUAUACAGUGGGAGAUGAGUUGGGUUGGACUAUUCCACCUGGUGGUGCUGCUACGUACGAAGAAUGGGCUGCAAAGCAUAGCUUGUCUGUUACCGAUUUUAUAAACUUUGAAUUCAAAGUUGGAGAACAAGACUUGGCUUUAGUAACCAAGGAGGACUACGACGCCUGCAACACGGACAACCCCUUAGUUGUAUUCCAAGAAGGCGGAUGGUUUCAGUUUCGUCAGUCGGACACAUAUUAUUUGACCUGCACCUUCGCCGGCCACUGCACCAAAGGUCAAAAGAUUGCUCUGUAUAUUGCUCCCGCUUUUUCUCCUUCUCCAAGUCCAUCUUCAUAUCCAAGUGACAAAACUGCUACUCAACAUGCUAAUGCGGUCAAAUUUGUGUCCAAGAAAGAAUAA